GCGUCAAACAUCAAAAAUCAAGUCAAAAUCAAUUGACGUUUGUAAAUUUACUGGAACAGCUGUCUGUGUUGCAAAAUAUUUCAAUUAAAUUUAUUUAUUUCUUAUUUAUAAAAAUUAUAUCCUCAUAUAUGCCUGUAAGAUUAUCAAGUUGGAUUAAUAAACGGAGUAUUGUAAAGUAUAUAAUGGUGAUUACCUGACAUAAUGGUGGAGGAUAACGAUCGUGCGUACGGAAGGAGUGCUAAUAAAAAUACAUUGUUGAAAAUUGUGAUCUUGGGAGAUGGCGGAGUGGGCAAGUCUUGCUUGAUGAGUAGGUUCAUAUCUAACCACUUUGAUGACCAUAGCUUCCACACAAUAGGUGUCGAGUUCAUGAAUAAAACGAUAGAGGUUAAUGGAAAAGAGUAUACAUUGCAAGUAUGGGACACAGCUGGCCAGGAGCGUUUCAAAUCUCUCCGGACGCCUUUCUACAGGGGAUCAGAUAUUUGCAUACUGGCAUACGCCAUAGACGACCGCAGCUCAUUCAACAAUAUUAAAAUGUGGCUAAACGAGUUCCUGCACUACGCUGGCGUUAAAAAUGGAAUAGAGAAAUUCCCCUUUAUGGUUGUUGGCAAUAAGUCUGAUGUACCAUCAAAAGACAGGGAAGUGCCCCACGAGAGCUUGAAGCGAUGGUGUGAUGAUAACAAGAUAGCUACGUACAUAGAAACCUCUGCGAAGAACGACAACAACGUGGUUGAAGCGUUCUCUAUGGCUGUUCAAAGAUGGGCAGAACUAGAACAACAGGCGGAAAAAGAGCUCGGCAUGCUGCAUCACCCCGAUACCGUCACACUACAUGGUUCGAGAGCCACGUCGGCGCUCCGAGCGAAUUGCUGCUCUCGGUUCAGUGACGUAUAAACUACUAUUCUUUAGCAACAUCAAAAUAUCUUAGGACCACUACUCCAUAUUUGCCUUUUAAACUAAAUCGGCCAGUACAUAAGAAUUUACCCCUAAGGCGGUCUCUCUUGCACUGUUAAAUAUUAACAAUGUGUAAGUGAGAUGAAACUAUUUUAUCACAUACACUUUUAAGUUGUAUACUUAAAGAGUUUAAAUGGCUUCAUAGAAAUUUAUUACUAGUCAAAUUUGAAAGAACAAAUAAUAGUAUGAUUCUUAAAUCAAUAUUCCUUUGUUUGAACUUAUAUAGAUCUUAUUAGAUUUACGUGACUGUAAAUUCAGUACUAAUUUAAGAUUUUAACAUUGUCAUAAUUAUAUCCUAUUCUAAUAUUAGAAUUAGGAAAGGAUGGAUCGAAAAAAUAGUGCCUCUAAUAUCACUGUUUGAAUAAUCACACCAUUGACGACUUUAAUUCGAAAUUGGUAGUGAUUAAAAUUGCCUAUAAAUACAUAGUAGUAGACUAUAUCUAUAUAUUAAAAUUGAAAUCAUUAAGCAUCCUUUUAAGGCAUUGUUUAUUUGAAACUGACCCUUUUUUUUUUUAAAAAAAAAACUUACAAAUUGUGUAUUUAUUUCGUGCCAGCACGUGUUCUUUGUUGUUUCAAUUUUAAAACUAGUACACGAAAUUCUCCUUUACCACUUAUAUUUCCGAAAUUUCUUUUUGGCAAAUGCACACAAAUACCAAGUCAUAUCGGGGAAAAAUGGAUAGGAAAAAUAAACGUUAUAACAAAUAACAAGAGUGCUGUAAAUGUUUAAUAGGCCUCGAUCUUUAGUGUGCUUUCGAUUAAAAAAUAAUUAAUAAGUAAAUUUUUUUAUGAUGUUUCUAAUCAUGUUUAGUUAGGGGGGGGGGGGGGGUUGUACAUUUUGCAGAUAGAACACUCCUGUAAAAGAUGCUAAUGAUUUCCAUUUACACAUUUUUAAACAGUCUCUGAUAAUAUCGUAUGUGAUAUCUUAUAAAAGACAGUCAAAAAGUCAAAAUUAACUUAAGUGUGAUUUUAUAUAAAAAAUGAAAGCACAAUAAUAUAAAUUUAUAUAGGUAUGACGUAUUUAGAUACUUCAUUAGCGAUCAAGUUAUAUAUAUAUAUAUAUAUAUAUAUAUAUAUAUAUAUAUAUAUAUAUAUAAAUAUACAUAUACAUAUAUAUAUAUAUAUAUAUACCCAUUUAUUCAUAAAAAUGUCACAUGUUUAUAAACUUGUUUUACCUAUUGAAGUUAGGCAAGGGUAAUAUUGGUACCACUCCUAUAUCUAUCUAUUGGGUUCUUUUGUAUCUAUAUAUUAAUGGGGGGGAAGGUCAUUACCCAUUCCGAUAUCGCCCGUACCGUAAUUUCGAUCGGGUUCUUUCAUUUCGACAUUAAAAAUUGGAAAACCAAUAUUUAGCAUAUUUGUUGUUGGGCCCAUGAUCUACCUAUCCUAUAUAAGAGCUGCUCGCUUGUCAGUGGAUCUUUUGCCACUACCUACGAUUUUCAGUGAGUCUCUUCACCUCUUGACACGACACAACACCUUUUUCCUUGAACUGACUGAUGUAAUUAUGCCUUGGUCAGCUUCUUCCCCUCCUUCCUUCUAUCUUACAUUCUAUUAUAAUGUUAAAUAGAUAUUGGAACUAAAAUAUAUUAGAUAUUGCUGUAUAUUACCCAUCCCUAAUUGAAGUGGUCUGUCCUCUUGUUUUGCACAAAAUUUUUUAUUUGAAAUUGACAAAACACUCUUAUAAUUAAAAUAGUUUUUAGUUUUUAUGAAUAAGUGGAUUAGAUUUUAUAAGAAAAAAAUGCACCAAUUUAAUAUAAACACGACUUUAGCUUUAAAUAGAGGUAUCAAUUCUAUUUAGUAGUUAUUUUUUUUUAUUUAGUUUAUUUAAAUACUAACACCCUAUUAUUACAUAGCUUCCUUUUUGCGCCAUACAAUUUUUACAUUCCUUAUAUUUUAUUAAGUUUUAGAAAAAAUAAAAUUCUACGAAAUAUUGUCUUAAUAGAAUAUCUAAAUAUUCGUGAAAAAUGUAUUAAGUUGUGAUAUUGGUUGCUUUUUAAAAUAAUUUACUUAAUUUUUUUUCUUUAUACAUAUAAUUUAUUUCAAUAAGUUAGUUUUACAUUCCUUUAAGCAUUAAUUAAAUAUAUUGUAAAUAUACCGAUAUUUGUAUCAAGACAGUACUAUGAAAAACAAGAUAAAUACGGUUUAUUUAUAUUAUACUAACAUCUACAUAAUUAAAAAAGGCUUAGUAUUAAAAUUAUAUAAGAGAAGAUAUUAAAAUCUGCACCAACGUUUUUCAAUUGAUUUCAAAGAGAGAGAAGAUGGUGUCAAUUAGGUUGUUUUUUUUUUUAUGUUUAUUACCUCAUAACUCAGUCGGUUGUGAACCGAUUUGGAUUUUUUUUUAUCUGGAAAGAUAUGCUUACAGAUUGGUACUAUAGGAAUUUCGUCAUAGUCGUAGAAUACUGACGGAUCUGACAAAGAUUACGUAUAUAGAUUCGUCAGUAUUCUACGACUAUGACGAUUUUAUCAAAUUCAGUUUUUAAAUCAUAAUAAUGUUUGUGGAACAUGAUUAUUUAUUUAUUUAUUUGCGAGUUACAAGAGAACUUGCUGAUUUCUUGCAGAACGAAUCUCCAUUACAAUUUAGCGAGGAAUCGUAAACAGAGUUUCUAACACUACUCCCAUCAACCUCUGAAAAGGUAUUUCUUUAUUUAUGGUUGAAAAUGAGAUUGUAACUCUGCCUGCGCCAUCGGGGCAUACGUUGGCGGAGCACUAUUCUGUAAAUAUAUUGUAUGAAUUUGUGUAUAUAUAUAUUCCUGCCUCCAGUCAAACUGUUUAUAAUUAUUCUUCUCCAGUUAAAGAUUGCCUGGAAAAUAUUACUCUUAGCGAUGAGGUCGCCAGUUAUUUUUUCGAUGCUAUAUUUUAUUAUAAUUGUUUGUAUUUAUAAUAAUUUUUCAAUUGUAAUCUCAUGAAGGAAACAAUAAAGAGUAUCUAUCUAUAUUGUUUCAUGUAUCUAAUCUCAAAUAUUCUUUUUUUUUUAUUUUGUAAUAUUUUAUAAUUCAUAUGAAUUGUUGUUGUAUAAAUGUAAUUGUCUUUAUUAGUUUAAUUUUAUUACUAUAUUGUAUAUGUAUAUAUCAGUAUCGUCAGUACAUAUAACUUAUACAUUCUUUGUAUAUCAGUCUUGUUAAAUAGUUUUUUUUUAAUGUAUCGAGAAUAAACAUUCUCAUUAUGUUGCGAAAUCGUUUUUAUUUUAUUCACUUGGUUUGAAUGUAAUACUUUUUUAAGCCAUGAAAAAUGUAAAAUUCCCAGUUUGUACAGACAAGAUACUUAAUUAUUAAUAAAAAGACAUUUAUUUUAUUUACUAUUAUUUUGAUGUUUUUAAAAAACCAUCUAUUUUUAUUUGUAAUAAUAAAAUUGAGUUCAUAUCAGGUUGAAAUUUAUUAACUAAAUGAAAUGAUAAUAAAUUCUUGUUUAAUUUAUUAUAAUUUAGGUUUUAAUUUGAAGUUAAUACUUAUAUUAGGAUAAGGGAAUGGGUGUGGCCUUGUUGAAAGUUUUUUAACAUAAUAAAUAAAUAAUUUCUAUCGUA